UUUACUAGAUUUCCUCAUCAUGAUGAAGCUGAUACUGUCUCUCAUGCUCAUCUGGACUCUCGCCAGCACAGCUGAAGCUCUUCAGUGUUGGCAGGGUUUACAGGGAACAAAGGUGUUACAUCCAUGUGACUCUACUAAGUGGUGUGCGACUGUUGCCAAACAAGUAACUGUGUAUGGGAAUCCCAUUAGGACCACCGCCAGGGUCUGUUUGACACCCCCUCCUAACCCUGAGGGAAAGCAUAAAUUUUCAUACAAUUUUGGAUUCAUGGCUGCAUCUGUUCAUGUGUGUAACACAGAUGGCUGCAACAUUGAAGACAUACCUUACCCUGGUGAUCUGAAGAAAAACAACCUGCAGUGUUUCACCUGUGAUGAUCCAUCUUCUGCUGAGUGUAAGAAGAAGACAGUACAGUGUGUGGGAGACGAGGACCGCUGCGUUAGUGCGACUGUGGAAGGUAACAAGGGUGUACAACUUCAUACCUUUGGAUGUGUCUCUGGAGAUCUUUGUGAAGAUCUUUCUGAAUUGAAGCUACUGCUUGAAAAUGGCAAGUUUAUUCAUCCUCCAACAUGUUGUAAAGGCAGCUUCUGUAACUCAGCCUGGUCUGUCAAACUGAAUGUGAUGACUCUGCUGUUUGGACUCACUACCCUUAUCUUCUAUUAGAACAAAGAGAAACUAACAGAAUAGCCCAACUGUAGUGUGUGUGAAUAAGCCAAAUACAUCUAUUAUCUUCUAAGUCAUUUACACAGUGAGAUGUCUUCAACAGUUUGAAUGUUUUAGCUUGGUAAAUAAUUAUUUUAACCAUAACUGCAGCAUCCAAGUAAAAUAAAGUUAAUAUGUCUGAUUUAUAGACAGUAACAAAAUCUGUUUACGGCCCACUUCCUCUUCUACUUUGGACUCAUACCGCUCUGCCAAACUCACUCAGCUCUUUAGCAGUCAGCUCCCCCUGCUGUCCAUAAUGUGCCUCUGCACCCCAGCUGUUUCAAACCCUCCCUGCAGCCUUUGAGCCACGCCUCCUCAUUUACAUACAGUUUGAAAAGCAGAAUGUAAA